UUUUUAACUAACAGGUGGCAGUGUGGAUGUGUACGAAUCAUGCUGUUUCGCUUCUUUCUACUCCACUGCUCCUCCUUGCGAGGUGACCAACGAUAAGGCAGUCCUGUGGCGUAUAAAUUCUUGCAGUCCAGAACAUCGUAGCUCAUAGACCAGUAUCAACUUCUGCAGUGUAUUUAAGAGCAACUAAAAGGGAAGAUGAUCAGGCUAAUAUUCCUUGUGGUGUUUCUGGGAUGGAUUGUGAUUUGGAUUUUGUUGCCUACCAAGGUUUACAAAAAUACAUGGACUCCGAAGCUCGAGAGCAAACUCAAUUCGACCUAUUUUGAAGGAGAAGGUGGGAACAACCUUCUGUUAUUUUCAUUCCCUGUGAUGUUUAUAGCAGCUUUUGGAAGUGUUUAUCUUCAUUUUCAGAAGGAACUGAGAAAACCCACCUGCAAGAGUGCUGUGGUUUCAAGCAAUCGUUUGUCCUUCUUGAAACGUCCAUUACUCGUCAUGGCUCCUCUGGGGAUUGUUACUGCAAUGGAGAUUGCUUUUGCAGCCAUGUUUAUUGCACUUUUGAUCUGGUCUCUUGCCAACUAUUUGUAUGUCAGCUUUGGUCACCUCCAUAUGCACAAACAAGGGGAGAAAAUAUGGCAAGCUAAGUUUCGAAGCGUAUCACUGAGACUUGGAUACAUAGGAAAUAUAUGCUGGGCAUUUCUCUUCUUUCCAGUAACUCGAGGAUCUUCAAUUUUGCCUCUUGUUGGACUGACGUCUGAAUCGAGCAUCAAGUAUCAUAUUUGGGUCGGCCAUCUCUCAAUGAUUCUCUUCGCUGCACAUGCCGUAGGUUUCAUCAUAUACUGGGCAAUGACGAAUCAAAUGGCUGAGAUGCUAGAAUGGAGCAAAACGUGGGUAUCAAAUGUUGCUGGUGAAAUAGCAAUUGUGGUUGGAUUAGCAAUGUGGGUGACUAGCUUUGAACGCAUUAGGCGUAAAAUGUUUGAGGUUUUCUUCUACACCCAUCAUUUGUACAGUCUCUACUUAUUCUUCUAUCUAUUGCAUGUUGGCGCUGCCUACUUCUGCAUGAUCCUCCCUGGGAUCUUCCUCUUCCUCGUCGAUAGAUACUUGAGAUUCUUACAGUCCAGGCAACGAGCUAGAUUACUGUCAUCUCGCCUCUUACCAUGUGGUACCAUUGAACUCAACUUCUCUAAGAGUAGAGGAUUGUAUUAUAAUCCGACAAGCAUACUAUUUUUAAAUGUACCUAGCAUUUCCAAGUUACAAUGGCACCCUUUCACUGUGACUUCAAACUGCAACAUGGAGCCUGAGACGCUAACAGUUGUUAUUAAAAGACAGGGAAGUUGGUCUCAAAAGCUUUACCAAAAAAUUUCUUCUUCUGUAGGUCCUGUUGAAAUGUCUGUUGAAGGACCCUAUGGACCUAUUUCUUCCCAUUUUCUAAGACACGAGUUGCUGGUGAUGGUGGGUGGGGGCAGCGGUGUCACUCCCUUUAUCUCCAUAAUCCGCCAGAUCAUUUUCCAAAGCACGCAACCAGACAGCCACAUUCCACGAAUCCUUCUGGUUUGUGCAUUUAAGAACUCGGGUGAUCUUGCAAUACUAGACCUCUUGCUUCCCAUUAAUGGCACGACUACACAGAUUACUCAACUGCAGUUGCAAAUUGAAGCUUAUAUUACUCGGGAGGAAGAGCAGCCUAUUGCAGAUACCAAAAAGCUUCUCCAAACCAUAAGGUUCAAGCCUAACCAAUCAGACUCACCCAUCACAGCAGCUCUAGGACCCAACAAUUGGCUAUGGCUUGGAGCAGUAAUAACAUCAUCAUUUGUGAUGUUCCUCCUACUACUGGGCAUUGUUACUCGUUACUAUAUAUAUCCUAUUGAUCAUAACACGGGGGAAAUCUAUCAUUUUUCGUAUUUUGUACUCUGGGAUUUGUUAUUGGUCUGUGCUUCCAUUGUCAUUGCUUCUGGUGCAGCCUUUCUUUGGUGCAAGAAACAAAAUGGGGUAGAAAAGCAGCAAAUUGAGAACUUGGAAGUGCCAAAUCCAACAGCAUCACCAGGCUCAGAUCUUUACAGUGCAGAUACAGAGCUUGAAAGCGUUCCCCAUCAGUCCCUUGUCCAAGCUACCAAUGUGCAUUUUGGAGCAAGACCUGACCUCAAGAGGAUUUUAUUCGAGUGCAAAGGAUCAGAUGUUGGAGUCUUAGCCUGUGGACCGAAGGCAAUGAGACAUGAAGUUGCAAAAAUAUGUUCAUCUGGUUUGGCAGAUAACCUGCACUUUGAGUCUAUUAGCUUUGACUGGUGAGCUCAUGGUCACGAAGGAAAUCUCCAAGUAAAAAGCGCCAUGCGAUUGCAAAUCACUGGUACUGUUAGGCAUUAGGUUAAAAAAGGACUUCUUCAUUUGUAUAUCUGUUUUGUCCCGAAUCUGCAACUGUAAUUCUUCCUUUUAAGAAAAUGUAUCUUACUUGCAUCAUUAAUAUUGGAAAAUGAAAAGAAAGAGAAGGAUAAUA